CUUACGUCGAAAGGCUUGGUGCACGUUCUUCUAGGUUGCGUGCAACACGAACGCGAGGCAAGGUGCCGCCCAGGAAACACUGCCCGCCUAGCACCAAGUAAGUAUACCCCCAAGGCAGUACUCUGCCUUCGCCCGUCCUCCGCGCCUGCCUUAGGUACCUGUUGCCACCACCCACCACUGUCCACCAGGCUGGUCUGGACUUGAACCCCACCGAAUUUGGCCAGACGCCAAAAUCACCGGCCUCACCAACUUUCUCUCCCUUCUCCCCUCCCCCCAUCAUCACCAUCUGCGCAUUCGCCUCCCCCCAUCCCUUCGUGUUCCCGCCUUGAACGCGCUUGCAUCUGCAUCGUUAUUGAACCUCACUCAGCGAUCAGGCAAGCAGGCAGCAAUCAGACACAAUGGCCGAGCCUAUUCGGAACAAGCGACCCGACGUGACGGCGCCGUGAGUGACCUGCUACCCUCCUCCGCAAAAUGCUUGACCGCUUCGCUAAUGGCUCCAUCUCGAUAUAGCACGCCGCAGAACACGCCGGCCUCCAAUGCGCCCAUUUCCUCCCAUGCCCAGCAGCCUGGCGUUGCCAGCAUCAAAGAAGAGGACAUGGAUCGCGCAACCGCUGCCUCCAUCUUUGCCCAAAACCCAAAGCUCGUCCAGAUGAUACAGGGCCGACUUGGCUCUCUCAUCGGCCGCUCCUCCGGUUACAUCGAGUCUCUCCCAACUCCAGUUCGUCGCCGCGUCGCCGGCCUGAGAGCAAUCCAGAAGGAGCAUUCAAAGCUCGAGGCCGACUUUCAGGAAGAGGUCCUCCAACUCGAGAAGAAGUACUUCGCCAAGUUCACUCCUCUCUAUGAAAAGCGCGCCGAAAUCGUCAACGGCAAGGUCGAGCCCACCGAGGAGGAGGUCAAGGCUGGCGACGACGAGGAGCAGUCGCUCCUGGCUGAAGACGCCUCAGCUGAGAGCGCUCCCAAGCAGUCUGAUACUUCUGAGAAUGUGACAGGCAUUCCUGAGUUCUGGCUGUCUGCCAUGAAGAACCAGGUUACGCUGGCCGAGAUGAUCACCGACCGCGACGAAGCUGCCCUCAAGCACCUGGUUGAUGUUCGCAUGGAGUACCUCGACAAGCCCGGAUUUCGCCUCAUCUUCGAGUUCAGCACCAAUGAGUUCUUCUCCAACAAGACUAUCACCAAGACCUACUACUACCAGAAUGAGAGUGGCUAUGGUGGUGACUUCAUCUACGACCACGCCGAAGGCGAUAAGAUCGAGUGGUAUGCUGGUAAGGACUUGACUGUCCGUAUCGAAGCCAAGAAGCAGAGGAAUAAGACUACCAAGCAGACCCGUAUCGUUAAGAAGACGGUUCCCACUGAGUCUUUCUUCAAUUUCUUUUCGCCCCCGAAGCCGCCUACCGACGACGACGACGCCGAGGAGGAUGACGCCGGCUCGGAUAUUGAAGAGCGCUUAGAGCUGGACUACCAGCUCGGCGAGGACAUCAAGGAGAAGCUCAUUCCUCGCGCUAUUGACUGGUUUACUGGUGAAGCUUUGGCUUUCGAGGAGCUUGAGGAUGAUGACCUCGAGGCGGGCGAAUUCGAUGACGACGAGGACGACGACGAGGACGACCUGAGCGAGGAUCACGAUGAGGAAGAAGAGUCUGACGACGAUGACGACUCGGGCAAGCCCAAGCAGGAAGCCGCUGAGUGCAAGCAGAGCUAAACUCGCGCGGCACGUUUACACCGGACACGCGAACACAUGGCGACGAUUACGGCAUCUUGAGUCCGGGCAGACUUUGGAAGCAGAGCAGAGAGGAAGUUUGGCUGGCCAUGGGGCGGGGCGCAGCAUGAGCGCAGGAAGUCAGACCGCGAUCGUUGCGUUGGGGGGAGGGGGAUCGUCGGGUUGGUCAGUUUGACAAUUGCUCUGGAUUCCGUCGAUAGAACGCGCGAAAUGGCGUAUGCGGGAUGGCAUACCUCGUACAGUAGUGUCCUUCACAUCUCUUUGUUUUUGCUUGGUUUUGCUUGCUUCUUUUUUGGCUGAGAUGCGCAUCGUAUCGUAGAUAGAUAAAGUGAUGGGUAAUGAGCGAUAACAGAGCAACGGCACCCAGG